AUGUUCAUUUUUUUGUGGAGUUUCCAACUAUCUAUGAUGGUCAGUGCUGUGACUCGUGAGUACUAUAUAGCAGCAGUGAUCAAAGAGUGGAACUAUGCACCCAGCGGGCAAGACAAAAUUAAAGGAGUACCACUCCAAAACGACAGGUACGUUCAGAGAGCAUUUCACUGUAUGUACGUAGCUACCUCUGCUUAUAAGGAGCGAUCCUCACCACUUAUGCUUAAGCUAUCUGUUUAUCCGGCACCUGCUUCGCUAAACUAUCCCUGCUGUUACUGCUAAGUACUAUUCAUUUGAGCUCCCGGUUUUCAGCUGUUGUUGUCGGCUUCUUCUGCUGCUUUCAAUCUCUUGCCCUCUGACUUACGCAACAGAAUUUGAGCGGCAUAAUCUACAAUAGCUGUUAAGAACAGUGCUAUAUUAUCUUUUUAUUGUACAUCGCAUUAGUACGUUAAGGGUUUCUUGCUCAAACUUGAGCCUGUCAAGACAUUGUGCUGCCUCCCUAACUUAGUAUACGUAAUUUAUCGUUAAUGGAAAAAAGAAAAAAAGAAAUCCCCAAGCUCCAGGGAACAUUAGCCGGCGCCCAAUAUAAGUUAGCAAUUUUUUUUAACGGCUUCAAUAUUCGUGCUGUAAAUCAGAAAACUCAUCGUACUUUGCCUUAACAGUUGAUUGAAGCGUCGAACGCGACUUAAUUAAUUCAGUUGUGCUAUUAGUUUUCUAAUUUUGCUUUACAGUUAUGCUAUAAGUAUGAUGUCAAAUGUACCGCCAGUUUUUAUAAAUUAAAUUUAAAAAAGAUUAUGAUUCGGUUUAUAGUAGUUGACGCAAUUAAAUAUGGUCAAAUUCAAAUCUGAAUUCCUGCUUAUUCACCACUGAAUUGAUAAUAACCGUUAUGAAUUUAUAUCAAUUGAAAAUUCAGGCGGAAAUUUCAUAACAACUGACCUUGAAUUCACUGCUCAUGGCGAAUGCUGGCAUGCAGCCGUCUGAAAUCUAUAACCACAAACGCAUUCAACUUUGUAAUCAAUUCACUGAUAAUUGAAUCUUGGGGUAUACAGGGUAUACGCUUGACCUGGCUUGAAGGCUGUAAUAUGAGUUGUUUUUUCGCCAUUGGAAACAUUCAGAUCAAACAUCCAAAACUGUCAACAUCUUUCAAAAUCUUUAACUUAAAGAUUUCAGAGUUUCUCCUUGGAAACCGCCGCUGUUGACGGUUAUUACGAGCGACGGUAAAGAAAAAUCGACCAAAAUCUAAAUUUCGUGGCAAGAGUUGCAAAAAUCAAUUUCUUUCAGUUUUUGUUCAUAGAUAGCUGUUAGGUAGAUAAGAAACCUAUUGUAGAUUUUUCCUGCCAAAAGUCUUUUAUUUGUGAGGAAAAGUAGAAGAUCGGUUUUCGAUGUUGGAGUCUCAGGCUACCCUAAUUUUUAACCUGAAAUUCCCUAACAUCAACUUUCCUCACAGGGAGCCCACACAAUCUGUGUGGGCCGAUUGUUAUUUUAUAGUAAAUGUACUGGAUUUACCGUUUGCUUCACCUAUAGCGAUAUAUCGCUAAGUAUGUAUGUAAAUCAAUGUUAAAUAAUCGUUGAUUACCUUACCUGCGAUAUAUUUUCGUCCUUUUGCCUCAAAAGCGGUUUUUUGAGCGAUUUAGAGUUCGUCUUUUACUGUUCCUUAUAUAAGAAGGACAAGGGAGGAAUCCUUGUUUUGAAAGGGCUCCAGCACAGGAGCGAUUUUUUUUUCCCGAAAAUCGCAUCGCUCCGCUUUCAAACUUUGCAGCAAAAAGGUCGAAAGAUUCACGCUUCUCCUCGUACCUUCGAUCCCGAUCGAAAAUCUACCCAAAAGGCCCGGAGAUAACCCUCGACGAAAAUUAAAAUCCCACGGUGUUUGAACGGUCAAAAUGUGUACCAAGAUUCACACGUGCCAGUUACGUGCCAGUCAGUUACUGUUUAACCAUGUGGUUAACGACAUCCAAUCAUUUUUCUCUCUUACCGUCGCGUCUCACCUUUCUUGCGUGGGGUGAUUUUCACGCGCGCUCGCGUUUCGCUUGCACUACUAUCCCUGAGGAAAAAUGGGAAUUACUCGUAGUCUCGUAGUUUUCAUGGUAGGCCGGCGGCCAACAAAUUUCCAAUUUCGAAACGCACACUGUAGAUAUUUACAACCUAAUGGCUCGUUUUUCGUACUUCUUGUAGGUUUUCCGAUUGCAAAGUUGCUUUUUUCAAUCAAAGAGUGGGGUAAAAAGGUGAAACUGGGUCAAUUUUAACCAUUUUGAAACACUGAACUCCACCAGCCGGCGACUCUGCGUGACCAGGCGGUGUGCGCACUACGAUCGCUAAGCAUCAUGGGCGGUAUUCAUUAUCUCAUCAUUUGUGUCAAGAUGACGUGGAGUGAACAUCUCGACCGCGGAGUGAAUAUUCGUUAAUUACGCUGGAGAUAUAAAGGAUUUUGCUUUGAAUCUCUUCCGGAAGUUCUUGAAAAAGAAAUUCUGUCCAAUUCUCAGGGAAAAAACGGUCUCAUUUCGUUGAUAAGUGUAUUCUGGUGUAUUUUGUUCGUAAUCACUUGCAUCCUGUUUGCAACUGACCGAGAAAAGAAACAGAAACGCUUUGCUCAAUGCGUCAAUCAUGAAAAGCACUGGAGGUAAGACCCGCGGUUCGCCGAAAAUUUUGAAUUCACCGUGAAAUCAGUGCAACUAGUGCUAAGAGGUACUGAUAAGCAUAGCUGUGAUAUGCUCAUAAAAUACUAAGAGCUUCUUCAGAAUACCCGGCCACGGUAUUUAAACACAGUGAGCGUAUUUUGUUUUGUCAUUCAGCAUUGCAAGAUGUUCACUUUCUAGCUGUCAUAAGAGAAUCGAAGUUGAGGGGGUCAUCUUUUCAAAGACUUGUUUCUCUGUUGGCCUCAAGUCUGCAUUUCGUUUUGCUUAACAUCUGUAUUUAUCAUCACAUGAAGACAAGUAAAUAAAGUAGAGAGUAUUUGUGUACAAUGAACUUGUGUCCUGUUUAUAGAUAAUAUAAUAUUGAGCAUCUUUUUUUGCCCAUAUAUUUUCUAUUGGUAUGAGUCAUAGAAUGUCUUAUAACUGGAAUGAAACUGAAAAUGGCAUAUUUGUGAUUACAAAGCCUGAUGCAGUCAAUAGAUUUUAAAAGCUUCAGCCACUAUUUGUUUAAUGAUUGUGUCAGUAUGUACAAACACAUGUUGUCACAUAUGUUUUUGGAUUCUAAAAACUCCUCAAAAUGUGAAAUUCAUACAUGUUUACAAAUCUCCUGUAAUCAGGGCUGGGGCAACAUAGCUUGAGACCCCUUUCCUUUCUCCUCACCCCAAUUUUAUAAUUUAAAUAUGGUGUCAUAGGUCUCACCAUACUCACAGUCAAAUCUGUUAUACAGACACUGAGGGGACCGUAGAAAUUGUCCAUCUUAAUUUAGAGAAAAUUUAAGGGCUUUUUUCCAGGGAACAAAGCAAGCCCUCCGUAAUGAUGAGCAAGGCUGUGCCCUAAGGAACAUUGAAAGGAGCCCAGUUCUCUGAACCUGUGAAAUCUAGGCUGCCCAGCAUAUGAUUUGUAUGAAAAGUCAGAGAUUUUCUAGUCAACCAAAAGCAAAAGUUAGGUGCCAGGGGCCACAGCGCUCUGCUAGAGCACAUGCAGCCUUGAUCAGGUGUCUGUAUGAAGUGGUUGUCCGUAAAGAGGGCUUUUGGGUUACCAGUUUUUGCAGAGGUGGAUCCUAGUAGUACAGUAAAACCCCCUGACUUAGAACCUGAAUUUUAAGAACCCGUUAGGCUAAAAUAUGCCAGAUGAGCCCCCUCUAUAUAAAAACUUGUUUAGCCUAAAAUUUGAGACAGGUUCUUUUUUUUGAAAUCUAUGAAAAAAUUCUGCACACUUGAGCAGAGAUAAAUCAACAUUUAGAAUCUUCUUUGGAGAAAAAGCUGUCUUAUCACUCCAACUGCAGUGUAAAUGCCAAUGUUUAAAUUAAAAUACAUUCCUCAUUUUAUGUCCAUUCUCACAUAACUUCUAAUUUGGUAUGCAGACUUUACAUGGGGAAUAAGGUGAAAUACAAAUACUCUUAGCUACAUUUUUUCUUCAGAAAAUAUGAACCCAUUUAAAAACCUAAAUAGCUUAAACUUGUGCUAACUUCUAUUUAAAUAAGAAUCUGUUUAGGCUUACUUUGUUAGUCUUAUGAUUUUACUGCCCCAUUGUUCCACUUUUCCUAUUUCCUUUCCCUGUCACCAUCUUUUCAGCCUUGGUUUUCAAAUAUCAAAAGUUCAUUCAAUGAUCAAGCAAUUUAUAUUUUAACUAAACCCACCAAAAUAUGCAAAUGCUUGAUAUACAUUAAACAGUGUAAACGGGUAAACAGAUUGAAUGGCAUCACUUAGCCUGUGUGGCAGGCAUUUCAAAGAAAAGGGAAAGUGGGUCUUAGUGCAAGAAAAAUGUGAGGGAAGGAGGGAGGGACAUAACGAGCCGCACCGUCUUAGCAACCAAAAAAAUUUUGUUUAGCUAGCUGAGAUAGGGGACUAAAAGUCCCCUAUCUCAGCUGGAUACUCAGAAGCUUGUAACAUUCACUAUUCCAUGUAUCUCUGAUCAUAUUUCGCACCUAAUACGAUAGAGGCGUCAAUUUUCGCGCCAUUAUGUCAUCAUUCUAGGGCGAGAAAUUUAAUUAAAGCGCGGCAUUCAACAAAUGCACGGCUCAGGUUUCGGCUAAAAUUAUUCAGUGCCGUCAAAGCAAAAAAACGCGUAUAAAGUCGAUCACAUUGGUAACACAGACAAAAACGCUUAAAUAUCUCCUACAAAAUGAACGGCUGAGUUUGUUUUUUCUACGGUUCAAACUGCUACUACAUAUCCCAGAAGCGCUCAGGCAUAAUAAUAUGCCAGGACUUCUACCUGGAUGAACCAGAAAGGAUAUAGAACAACUACCUAUUUUUUUUCUUUUUACGGUUACGGGUCGAAAUGCUAAACGUGUUAUAUAUCCUAGAAGCGCUCAGGCAUAAUAAUAUGCCAGGACUUCUACCUGGAUGAACCAGAAAGGAUAUAGAACAACUGCCUAAUUUUUUUUUUUUUUACGGCUACGGGUCGAAACGCUAAACGUGUUAUAUAUCCUAGAAGCGCUCAGGCAUAAUGAUAUCAUGCCAGGACUUCUACCUGGAUGAACCAGAAAGGAUAUAGAACAACUACCUAAUUGUUUUUUACGGCUACGGGUUGAAAUGCUAAACGUGUUAUAUAUCCUAGAAGCGCUCAGGCAUAAUAAUAUCCCAGGACUUCUACCUGGAUGAACCAGAAAGGAUAUAGAACAACUGCCUUUUUUUUUUUUUUUUUUUUUUUUUACGGCUACGGGUCGAAAUGCUAAACGUGUUAUAUAUCCUAGAAGCGCUCAGGCAUAAUUAUAUCAUGCCAGGACUUCUACCUGAAUGAACCAGAAAGGAUAUAGAACAACUACCUAAUUGUUUUUUACGGCUACGGGUUGAAAUGCUAAACGUGUUAUAUAUCCUAGAAGCGCUCAGGCAUAAUAAUAUGCCAGGACUUCUACCUGGAUGAACCAGAAAGGAUAUAGAACAACUGCCUCAUUUUCUUUUUUACGGCUACGGGUCGAAAUGCUAAACGUGUUAUAUAUCCUAGAAGCGCUCAGGCAUAAUAAUAUGCCAGGACUUCUACCUGGAUGAACCAGAAAGGAUAUAGAACAACUGCCUCAUUUUCUUUUUUACGUGAGCACCUCCUCGACUCUCGAAACAUUUGUCUUGCGCCGCUAUAGAAGUUGCUUCUCCCGCGAACCAUAGGUAGAUUUCCCGCUUAACAUAAUGUUUGAUAAUUAUGCAAAAGUUGACCUCGUGAAAGUCAGCAGUGCAUUACAUGUAAUCGACUCAAAAAUAAACAGACUUCCUACUGGGUUUUGAACACGGUUUUAAUUAAAGUACUUUACGAGCGCUGCGGUAGUUGACCGCAAAAGUGUUACGGUGAUGGAUACUCAACUGGAUGAUUACGUCACUUCAUAGCAACCAGACGGUACGAAUUUUUUGACUUCCGGAGCGCUGAGGCUCGUAGUGAUGCCUGCCAUACAGGCGACUAAUUGUUUUUUGCAUUAUAAACAUCAACCGGGUGAAUGUUGAAAUCACUCCCUCCUUCCUCAUGCAGUCUUCGCAUUUCUCUUGUGCCCAAAACCCCUUUCCCUUUCCUUUUUAAUGCCUGCUACAGAGGCUAAUCACAACUGAAUAAAACAGGGACUAGGCAAGAAACUGACAGUCAUAACAUCCACACAACAACACACACCAAUCUUGGAAGUAGAUUAUGAUUUUCUUUUCUCAAGAGUGAUGUGCAUAUUUCUCUGAAUAAAAGUAAAGUGCAAGCUUGGUGGAUGUUAUGAAACUCUUCUUCUACACUGCACUAUUCUUACAACUCUCCCAAAAACCAUUUUUCAUAAAGGAUGACUGGUUUCAAAAUGCACAGGGCUUAACUGUACAAUCAAACUUAUCAUUUAAUUUAAUACCUGUAAUUCUUAUCCUUCUGAUUUUAUACCUGCAUAAAGGGAAUCACAUGUAUGACUGCAAUUUUAUUAUGGUUUUUUUAGUCCUAUUACAAAAACGGACAUUCUUACAUCAGAGUACUCAUCAGCCUAUUCAUAUACCAAUUUCGAACAUUUUAUGCUCACCUAAUGCUAUUGUUUGGAGGAACCAGUCGCAGCUGCCCCGCUAUUUUGUGUUCAGCUUGUGAUUACAACAGUAACACUUCCAGUAACAUGUCACAUUGGUCUUCGCGAGGCUACAUUUUCCCAUGAAAACAUGCCGGUUUCAAUUCGGAAAAAGUAUCACAAAACGUGGGGCGCGUUGGGGAGCGAUAAAAAAUUAGCGUAGAACAAGGUUUGUAGAAACACUUACAACUAUCUUCGACUUUCGACGGGCAAUAUAAUGGAAAUUAUAGCUUCUUAAAAACCGGAUUCAAAUUUCAUGCUCUUACAGGAGGAAUCUUCGGGCUCCACGUUUUAGAUUGAAAUGAAGAAUAUUGAUUUGUUUUCUUCACAGAAAAAAUCUAAACAAUUAUUAGCUUAUGAAAUCGAGAAAAACGAUCUAAGGAAAGAACUGUAUCUAUUGAAAAAUAAAGCAUAUAACCUGCGAAAUUUCUCGACCUUCGCCGCCAUCUUGAAAAUUUUGAAUCCACAAUGCAUCGCAAUCGUAGUGCGCACACCGCCUGCUGCGUGACAAUCUGUUCCAUGACUACACGUGACAUAACGUACGUUUGAAGAGACGCAGCCGUCAAAAUGACAGUCACGGAAUCAAGGUAGUAACGCAACGCAUUUCUUGAAAGAGUAACAUUUUCGAUGCCGACAGUAUUUUGAAGAAAAAAAAAUCAAACGCGCUAGUAUUCUGGUACUCACUUUUUAUCGAAAAAUAAGGACUUUAACAAUGGUAAUUUGCUAAGGAUGAGGGAACAGGAAGAUAUGUCUUCUUGUUACUUUACGAUCGAGGAAACUUGGAGCCGUUGAAUAAAUAAGUUACUUUGGUUACCAUCUACCAGUAGUUGUCUUCGCUAAAGAAAAACGCAACGAGAUUUAAACUGGGAUAACUAUAUGGUCCCGGUUGAUUUUCCACGAUUUUAGAAUUAAUUAUGUCUGAAAGUUAUUUUAGGAGUUUAGAUGCAUGUUACAUAUAUAAAAUCAAACAGCAUUUGUCAGAUCUAACCUUUGUGCUACAUGCUUCUUCCAAGUACGCCAUAAAGUAGUUGAUAACCUAACCAAAUUAAGGAAAUAAACGAUGUUACUGUUUCUAGUUCCAAAAGGAAACCCGGAACUCUUAUAAUUAUUGUCUUUGCAUUGGAUUAUUAACAUUUUUAGAACAACCAUAGUUAGUAAUGAUAAGGAUAAAUCAAAAACUCGACAAAAUGCCACUUUAACCGGCCAGGAAAGACAAGGAGACGUUCAGUUAAAGAUAUGUUAGCUUUGUUUUGUAAAAUAGCGGUGCUCCGCGCGCGAAGCGCGCUAGAGGAGUACCAUGGGUAAGUAAAUCUACCUAUACCAAAAAAAUUGGUAAUCACGUGACCGUACACCGCCCGCAGCCCGUCCGUCCGCACCACAGGUAUACCAAUGUUUACUCUCACACUUUCUAGCUACUUUGGGAGCGCAGGGAGCCCAUGAGAAAACUGAUUGCACAUCAAUGUUGUGAUCACUUGACAGCUGUCGAAACAAGGUAUCCGCUGACCAGUAUCACCAGACCGUAUCGCGGACUGAGGUGUCGACCCAUCCAGGUCCAGUAUUGUUUUAAGUUACCCGCUGUCAAGUUACUAGUUUUCAAAUGACCGCAGGCUCAUUUUUUUUAAACUCAUAUGAAAUAUGUUGUGUUUAUGUCACUAUGGCCCAGCACUAUUAACAUUUUGAUUCUAAACUGACCUUGACGCGAAUAUUCAGCCUGUUAUUUAAAAAUACAGGCGGGGAAGACAGAUGCUUUUCACUUUUCUCACCAUAGUUACGCGUUGGUCACGCUCCAAGUCCAAUUUUAUGCUCUGAUUGGUCAAAAUUUGACAGGUGAGUUCAUGCGGAAAAUUAUGCAGCAUCUUGGAACUUGUUUUCUUUGACAGCUGAAACUGACAGAGUUUUGUGUCAACUCGUGAUGUUUUUGACUGUCUUUUUGCACUGGAUGUACAAAAUGAAAUACAGCUGCUAUCAAGAGUCUUCUGUCAUACAUGGCGGCUGGUUUGUUUAUAUUGAAUUUUUGGUUGAGAAAUACGCCGCCUGUCAAAGUCGGAAAUCCGAUUUUGGAUGGCAUCGUUUUUGUUUUUCACCUUGCUGGAUCGAUGCGUAAGGCCUGGUUCAGACGCCGUACUUGUCAUGUGCCGAACCUAACUGAAUAAGUUCGACUUUGGAGCGACACUGCGCGACGUCUGAUUCAGACGGCGUACCGCAUGUCAAACCUAAGUUAAGUUCGACAAAAGUUCGACAGACUCUGUCGAACUUAACGCUUUUGCCGCACCAAACUAAAACUGCCGUACCAAAUUGAUUCAGACGCCGCACUUUUGCCGUACUUAUGCGUCAGUCAAUUCCAACUGCGCCCAGCUCCCCCCCGGUCUGACCCCUGGGCAUUAGCAUUUUUUUUUUUGCCUUGGAUGGCAAAUUCCAGGGGGUGGGGAUUCUUGAGCUGUCAAAACCCCCGGAGUGGGGACGAAAAAAGCGGGCAAAUGCCCGUCCUCUGUCAACACUGCAACAUUUUUUAUUGAUCGCACAGUCGAAUAGUGCCAUUUUAAGCAUUUCAAUGUGCGAUUUUUUGAUUCAAUUAACGUCUUCCUUUGUAAUAUCGCUAGGAUUCUAACGAUUCUAACGACGACAUGCACCAGUUUAUGGUUUUAGUAUUGAUAUGAAAUUAUUGACAUUAAAUUAAUAGAGCGCUGUAAAGUUAUAUGUUAUGAAUAGUUUUAUAAAUAUGCAAGGAUGUUCUUCUAAUAAUAUCAACAGAAAUUUGAUUCAAUAACCAAAAAACGUUGAUUCACUUGGAUAGCUCCGAUUUUGCUAUGUAAUUUUGGCUCGAUAAGCAAUGAAGAAAUGCAUGCAUAAAAUCGAGAACAUGCCUUUACAACCCUCUUCAUUCCUGUCCUUGACAGAUGAGCCAAUCUGCUUUUUUUUCCAGUAUAAAACCCUUUGUGUAGUUAUAUUCUGAUGGGAAACCGCCUGCGUGUCAAAAGCUCGGAAAUGGCCCCGGGGUUGGCAAAUACCCGGCCCCCGGGUAAUGCAAAAUUUGCAAAUGCCCCACCCCCGGGACUGACAAGGCGGACAAAUGCCCCACAGUUGCCCGGGGGGAGGGGCUGGGCGCAAGUGGAAUUGGCUGAUGCAUUAAUUCAUCAGUUAGGUUCGGCACAUGCGUGGAGCGGAGUCUAAACCGGGCCUAAGAGAAUUAUAAAGGAUCAAGCGAUCCUGGCCUUACUUGAUAGCUUUCAGUAGCUGCAUCUCGAAAUAUGGUAAGCCUGAGUAAUUAUUGUAUUUAUAUCUAAUUUCAUGAAGUCGAGCGCAGUUUAUGAAACUAGUGAUUUGAGACACUGAUCUGACCUAGUAUGAGGUUGAUAUAAGCGUACAGAACUUUAAAAAGCCUUUAGUCGAUAUUAAUUCACCGCAGACAGAAAGAAAUAACUUUCCGAAAAAAUAUUUAGUUACAAUUUUGGCUGUAGAAACAAAGCUUUGAGCAAUUUUCUUGUCGCGAGUUCAUCUUUGAAAACGGCAAACACCGGGAAGCCGGCGGCUUUAACAUAAACUUAAUCCUUAAGCUUAAAGACUCAGGAUUCUUUGAGACACUUAAAUACGUAUUUGUUUUCGUGAAUGAAAAUUGUUGUCUGUGUAAAUGUUGUACCCAAUUAUAUUUCUUUAUUGAUUGUUAGUAGUCUCAAAAGUGCAAUUUUCAUCGCUUUGCCGUUUGUUUUCAGUCGUUCAUGAACAUCGCUUGCAGGAGUACUCAAACGCUUUUUAGUUAAUAAAUCAAUAAACACAAUAAAUUCUUUAUCAUGUUGAAGCGUAAUUCUUUUAAAUUUCUUUGCAAAUUUAAAAUGGGUGAUUUUGGAAAUUUUUUCAACGGUUUCGCUAAAAGUCCAAACGUGUUUCGAUGCUCCUGAAUAUUGAAUGAAUGCAAUUUGUCUUGAAAAAUUAUGAAAUACUGCAUUUUGUACGUGGUCUGUAUGAUAAAAACAGCGCCUCAUAGUACUCUUUCUCCUCAGACGUGAUGUAUAAAAAAGUAUAAAAGGUUGGUUUGCACGCACCCAGAUUUGUUGGCAACAAUUUGUAAAGUAAACUUGUCGAACCGAAAAAAUUCGACCUGAUUUGUUUUCCACGCCUAAUCUACUGUGAUCAAGUGCCAUUAUUGCUCUUAAAUGUGGGGUCUACAUUUAAGGCUAUCAACUCGAUGCAAGAUUUGUUUCACUCUAAUAUCAUUUAGUCUUUCCCUCAAGUCACAUGAUUGUGCCCUUCAGUUAACCGAUUUGUGGAAUACAACUUUAUUGUUUCAUUUAAAUUAUAAAUUUAUUAAUGGCAGCUUCGCUUUUAGCCCUUGUCAAAUCUAUAUAUUUUGACUUUGGACUCAUCCCAUUUUGUCCAUGUUAUUAACACACACUACGUCUGGGCCGCCUCUGAUGUUAGCAGAUUUCGGGUUGAAAAACGGUUAUUUUGAGACUCCGACCACGAAAACUGAUAUUCUUACUUUUCUCGAAAAUAAACGGCUUUUUGCGAGAACAACUUACAUCACAUUACUUAUCUACCUAAAAGCUAUUUAAGCAAAAAAUGGAGGAAAUCGAUUUUUCAACUCUUGCCACUCGAUGGUCGAUAUUUCCUUACCGUCGCUCUUAAAUUUGGCGCGUUUUACAAACAGGUAGUCUGCGUCGCAGAGCUAAACAAGAACGCUCUUACAACGGCUAUCACUCUCGAAGCUUGGAGAUUAGAUCGAGAAAUGAGGAGCCCAUUAAUUCUACACGAAACAGGAUUUACUUGCUAAAGGUGUUUUACUUCCUACUAUCCAUGUUCUGGGCCCCCAACUGACACUCGACGAAUUACCAGAAGUGCGUUUCGAGUUUCCUUUCAUACUAAUUGGCAAACGGACAAUGGCUUUUUAAACGGGCCAGUCAUGGCGCGUACUCGAAUCAUGGCACACAGGUGGGAGGCCUGAACAAGAAUUUCGUAACUGUUUCGCAGACGGACUUAACCAGAGUUUAGUUUCGUCUGUGGCACAGGCUAACAAACAGACUGUUUUGCAAUGGUUUUGGUUCGCAGGUUUUGGUAUAUUCUCACAAAUCCCAGGCUCAUAAUUUAGGACGGAUCGACUUGGACAAUAAAUUGUUGUUCAUAUUCAAAUGAGACAUAACGAGCCGCACCGUCUUAGCAACCAAAAAAAUUUUGUUUAUCUAGCUGAGAUAGGGGACUAAAAGUCCCCUAUCUCAGCUGGAUACUCAGAAGCUUGUAACAUUCACUAUUCCAUUUAUCUCUGAUCAUAUUUCGCAUCUAAUACGAUAGAGGCGUCAAUUUUCGCGCCAUCAUGUCAUCAUUCUAGGGCGAGAAAUUCAAUUAAAAGCGCGGCAUUCAACAAAUGUACGGCUCAGGUUUCGGCUAAAAUUAUUCAGUGCCGUCAAAGAAAAAAACAUAUUAUUAAAGUCUGCGUAUUAAGUCGAUCACAUUGCUAACACAGACAAAAACGCUUAAAUAUCUCCUACAAAAUGAACGGCUGAGUUUGUUUUUUCUACGGGUCAAACUGCUACUAUAUAUCCUAGAAGCGCUCAGGCAUAAUAAUAUGCCAGGACUUCAACCUGGAUGAACCAGAAAGGAUAUAGAACAACUACCUAUUUUUUUUUUUCUUUUUACGGCUACGGGUCGAAAUGCUAAACGUGUUAUAUAUCCUAGAAGCGCUCAGGCAUAAUAAUAUGCCAGGACUUCUACCUGGAUGAACCAGAAAGGAUAUAGAACAACUGCCUAAUUUUUUUUUACGGCUACGAGUCGAAAUGCUAAACGUAUUAUAUAUCCUAGAAGCGGUCAGGCAUAAUAAUAUGUCAGGACUUCUACCUGGAUGAACCAGAAAGGAUAUAGAACAACUGCCUAAUUAUUUUUUUACGGCUACGGGUCGAAGUGCUAAACGUGUUAUAUAUCCUAGAAGUGCGCAGGCAUAAUAAUAUCAUGCCAGGACUUCUACCUGGAUGAACCAGAAAGGAUAUAGAACAACUGCCUAAUCUUUUUUUUACGGCUACGGGUUGAAAUGCUAAACGUGUUAUAUAUCCUAGAAGCGCUCAGGCAUAAUGAUAUCAUGCCAGGACUUCUACCUGGAUGAACCAGAAAGGAUAUAGAACAACUGCCUAAUUUUUUUUUUUGCGGCUACGGGUCCAAAUGCUAAAAGUGUUAUAUAUCCUAGAAGCGCUCAGGCAUAAUAUCAUGCCAGGACUUCUACCUGGAUGAACCAGAAAGGAUAUAGAACAACUGCCUAAUAUUUUUUACGGCUACGGGUUGAAAUGCUAAACGUGUUAUAUAUCCUAGAAGCGCUCAGGCAUAAUAAUAUGCCAGGACUUCUACCUGGAUGAACCAGAAAGGAUAUAGAACAACUGCCUUUUUUCCCUACGCGUCGAAGUUCUAAACGUGUUAUUCUUAGAAGCGCUCAGGUUUAAUAAUAUGCCAGUAGUUGGGUUAUUAAAAGUUAGCAUUAUCUUCAUGCAUUGACGUCUUGUAAGAGUGCAGCGGAUAUUCUCCAGUAAAGCACGAAAAACACAUCCUUAAUCAGGUUCAUAUUUAUUAUUAUUAUUAUUAUAUUUAUGAUUAUGAUUAUUAUUAUCACUAUUAUUAUCAUUACUUUUUUUUUCAUAGCCAAGCAAGGCCUUUCACCCUGCGUGGCGCAAGCGGAAUAGCUACCGUGUACAAAAAGGUGCUUUAUCGGGAGUAUACAGAUGGGACCUUUACACACGAAAAACCCCAUCCAGCACACCUAGGUGUUUUGGGCCCAGUAAUCAAGGGCGAAGUGGGAGACGUGAUUAAGAUACAUUUCACGAACAAGGCUAAUAGAAAUUUCUCGGUUCACUCCCAUGGAGUAUUCUACGUCAAAGGCGAUGAAGGGGCUCUUUAUGCUGACCACACAAGUAAGGAUCAGAAAAGAGACGAUAUGGUGAAGCCUGGUGACAUUCAUCACUACACAUGGAUAGUAAACGAGGAACACGGACCAGCUAAAGCGGACGACGACUGCGUCACAUUAAUGUACCAUUCUCACGUGAUGUCCGUGGAGGACACGAACACAGGCUUGAUAGGUAUUUCUGGAAGAGGAGGUCGUGGCACACAAUCAUCUGCUUAAUACUUUUCAAACUAGUUAAUAAUCAAAUGAAUUAAAAAUAACCUCGUGAGGGAAAAGCUUUCUCGAAAACAUUUACUGCAGUUCAGUUCUUCCUAUUUAAGGUUAAGGUGGGUCCACCAAAGACCAACAGGCUAUGUAUAUAUAUAUAUAUAUAUAUAUAUAUAUAUAUAUAUAUAUAUAUAUAUAUAUAUAAACUCCUUUGUUUUGUUUUGUUUCUUUUGUUUUUUUUAAGCUUCAAAAAGUCAGUAUAAGUUGAAUUCAUUUCUGUUCAUAAAAAUAAAGCUAGAGGGGAGCUAUAUCAGGAGAGGCGUUGAUAAUCGCAUGUAUAUCUUUUUUGCUUUAAUUUGUUUCUGUUUUUGAGUUGUUAUUGUUAUUGUUGUCGUUGCUGCUCUUUGUUAAUGCAUACAGGCACUAGAUGGGCCAAAAACGGGGGCGUCUUUUAAGUGGGGUGAGUGGGCUAGGAGGAACUUCUCAAAGCGGCAGUUUACGGUAUUGCGCUCUUUGUAUCCUUCCAUAGGUCCGCUGCUGAUCUGCAAACGAGGAGCUUUAAUGGGAAAUAGCGUGCAAAGGAAAAACUUCGAUAAAGAAUUUUUUCUUCUUUUCACGGUGAUGGACGAGAACAAGAGCUGGCUUCUGGAUGACAAUAUUCAAACCUAUUCCGAUAAUCCCGCAGAAGCAAUGGCGAACAAAUUUAAUCCCGGUUUCAGGGGAAGCAACAGGAUUGCGUCCAUCAAUGGCUAUAAAUUUGGCAAUCUUCCCGGGUUGGACAUGUGUCAUGGCGAUACGGUCAGUUGGCACAUAAUUGGAAUUGGUUCUUUCAAUGAUGUACACAAUCGUAAGUACCGCGCAUGCGUGGGUUGAUCCCACCAUUAAAGAGAAUACAGAGUGAGAGAUGUAGUACUCCGACCUAUUCCCCUUGUUAUUUCUUAGGUAAUCCUUGACAAGUUUUAUUAUUUUCAGUGUAAAAAAUUAGUCAAUUUCUUAAAAGUCUCACAUCUUGCCGGACUGUUUUUGCAAGUCAAUCAAACCCUGUUAACACGGACACUCAGAGAGCCAUAGAAAGUGUUCCUAUUAAGCGAGUUGAAUUUAGAGAAAAUGUAGGGGCUUUCUUUCACCAAGGACAAAGCAAUCUGUCCGUAAUCAUGAGGUGUCCGUAUUAGUCGGGUGUCUGACUGUAGGUCUGAAACAAUUAUUUUGAGACAAUAUAACAAUUUUACCCAAGACCCGGGACACGAAUCUGAAAUAACAAGGAUUAAACUUUCGAUGCCAGUUUUUCUUCCUUUUCAUUGGCCGAAAGCCCACCACGUGACCCGCAAAUAACUACCUACAAAUAAUGGUCUGCCAAUGGGCAAUGGCGUCCAAUGUGUUUCGCUGCAAAUAAUAUUCUGCUCAUGCGUAAAUGAAACCACGCUUUUCUCCUUCUUGCGAUCCCUCUUCCGUGGAAGUGGCAGAUCACUUCGUUUGCCGCAGAAAUUCAUAAAAAAAUACAAACAAAAAAACAAACAAAUAAACCAAAAAGAAACUUGGUGAUUAAAUGAUAAAACAAUUAUUGAACUCGUUUAUCUUAAAAUAAUUAUCUUCAUUUAUCGGUGUCUCGCAGAUCAAUUAUUUUGCCUCAGCCUUCGGCUUCGGCAAAUAAUAAGUUGAUCUGCUUACCACUGACACAUCACGGUAUUUUGCUCAACCUUGACCAAAAAUUGUUUACUACUUAUUAAAUUUUUAUAUUAAAAAAAAAAUCUGCUGGCUCUAUUUAAAGCUUCGUUCCAUGGGCACACAGUCAAGAUCAACUCCCAUCGCCGAGACACAGCAAUAGUGCUUGCAGCCACUUUCUUGACAGCCUACAUGAAGGCAUGGAAUCCAGGAAAGUGGUUAUUGAAUUGCAUGAACAGCGGCUUCUUUGAUGAUGGCAUGUCGGCAAUCUUUAAUGUCCAAGCCUGCGGAAAGAAUGUUAACAUGCCAACCGUCAGCGGCAAAAGAACGAAAAUGUACUACAUCGCAGCGGAUGAGGUUAUGUGGGAUUAUGGACCAUCUGGUGUUAAUAACAUGGAUGCAAAAGAGCUUACUUCACCUGGAAGGUAACAACACGUGAUUUAUUUGUUACGAAGGCAGGUGAUUCCACAAGGAAGGUUAAAUCAAUUCAUUUAGAAUAGGUCAACGUGCUCCCCAGAAUUUAUGAUUUGUAUCUACAGCCAUAUACAAAUGUAAGUCAUUUGUAGCGCACUUAUCCAUGUAAUUAGUCAUGGUCAAGGGGGGUGGCUGUUGUGAACAUAGAGUUGUGUGUUUCAUAUGUAAAUAGAGUACUUCUCAGACGGACGAUUGCUCCCUUUACAGUGAAUCUGCUAAAUACUUCACCCAUGCUGAUAACAGAAUAGGAGGAAGAUACAAGAAGGCAAUUUUUGUCGAAUACACAGACAAUACCUUCACUACUAAAGUAAAUCGAACUGACAGUGAAAUGCAUUUGGGAUUCCUGGGGCCUAUCAUUCGAGCGGAGGUUGGAGAUGAAAUCCAAGUGCUUUUUAAAAAUCAGGUAAACGACUUUGUAAUGUAAAUUCAACGGCAAGACUACAGGUCGCCAAAGCUGAGAUAUGACCUUCGGUACUGUUAAGUAACACUCGAAGCACAAAAACAAUAGUGCCCCUUCCCAUACUUAAUCCUUUUAUUUUGAAAGGUAGACAAAGGUGCUGAUGGCCAUAUUUUGAGCUUGGGUAACCUGUGGCGAUACUGUUCGAUUCCACUGCUAACCAAGCGGCGUAGCGCCUGAGUUUCAGCAUUUUAAGAGAACCCUCGUCAGCAUUGAAUAACGAUGCCUUGUGACUUAAAACUUAUUUGUGUCGCUCUAACACUAAAUUUAGUGCUUUUUCAAACACUUUUAACAAAAUUCAAAUUGGCAGCUACAUGUUAAAACAAUGAAACGUUCGUUACAUUAAGCAUUCAACCAGUUUUGGCUUUUUCCAACCUCUUUCACGUCUUUUACUAUGUCUUAUGCUGAAAAGUGCAGGGCACGAGAUUAAACUGAUUAAACACAAUCAUGAAACUGGCGAAUAAGACUCUCACACGUGCAAAUCUUCUUUAUUCAAAUCAUCUUAUAACACAAUCGCUUACUUCGAACUUGUCACUUCCAUGAACAGGGGAGUCGCAGUUACAGUAUGCAUCCACUUGGUGUGUUCUACAAUAAAGCAAACGAAGGAGCGGGCUACCAAGAUGGCACAUCCGGGAAUGAUACUGCUGAUGACGCAAUUAUGCCCAAUCAAACAUUCCUUUAUAUAUGGACCGUACCAGAGGCUGUAGCACCAACGGACGAAGAUCCUCCAUGUAUCACAUGGAUGUAUUAUUCCAGUGUUGAUUCAACUAAAGACGUACAUAGUGGUACGUAGAAUGGUUUGAGAUAUUGAGGGUUUACAAGUCAUAAUCCAAUUAAGCCCGAUUUCCUCAGAAACAAUCUAGGCGUCAACGAUUUUUUCCGUUCUCUCAGCUUAUAUAAAUUUUGCUUCUUUGAAUUUUACUCGUUGUUCUCUGGCUACCCCAGAGAAGGAAUCGUCACGCAUCAACAAACAGUUCAGAGAUGGCCCCAUGUUAGGUAAUCCAAGACAGUCUUGGAUUCUUGAUUCCAGUUUCUGGAUAUCCUGGAACCUUGUCACGGGAACUUGGAUUCCGGACUUCAAUCUCUGGCGGGAUUCAGGAUUCCGUGAGCUAAACUCCGGAUUCCAAAGCCCAGGAUACCGGAUUCCACAAGGAAAACUUGGUAGGAUUCCGGAAUCGCUUUCAUCCUGUAUUUAGGGCUUCAAAGAGGACGUUAAAUACCGCCCGGUAAAAAAGAAAAAAAUGUGUUCCACCUACAGUAAGUGGCAGAAGUCAAUAUUACUCAUUUCAAAUGCCGAGGAGUUAAGCCCUAUGAACAGCACUAGACAGUAAAAUUGCAUUUAGGUGUUGAAUGUCAUCACAUAUCCUUUAAGUCAACUUUGUUUGCUCCAUCUUUUAUUCAAUCAUUUACGCUUUUUUGCAACAUAUGAUACGUGUGUUGUACGUGUGGGAAUUGAACUUGCACGCAGUCUGAAGGAUUCAAGUCCCGCUUCAUUAACGCAGCCGAUUAUCGUUGAAAGCUGGACGUUUAGUCCUACUAAAAACAGACAACGAUCAGCAUUAUUAGCUAAAACCCACACACUUUUCACAGCCAUGCUAAUGCCAAUUAUUUCACAUCUCUUCAAAGGACUCAUCGGAUGUCUGAUUGUGUGUAAAAAAGGAACGCUGGAGGAAAAUAAGCCGUGGAAAAGGAAGGACGUCGAUCACGAGUUUUGCUUGCGCUUUGCGUUAACCAACGAAGGUUUUUCUUGGUAUUUGAAUGAAAAUAAGAACUUAGCGGGGAACGCUUCUACGAUAGACGCAAGUAAGUGAAUCGUUUUAAAAUAAAGGAUGAAUAAUUUCCAAUUAUCACAGUUCACUGCCGGAGACUGAGAUUCAACUUGCAAGACCACUGACAGUGGGAAUUAUUCUUGUUCUGUGGACUCUGCUAAACUAGUAAUACAAUGAAUUUUUUAAGUCUGCGUCUGUCUUAGUUUAAAUCAAAUCCGCAAACGCACUGUGUGGUUUCUUAAUGUGAAUGAUUAACUAAGUUAAGAGACUAUGCCAUCCGUGGACAUUUAGGACUAGCAACUAAACAGCAAAAGCUAAUAAAGGAAAGACGUGGUUUUCCCAGGAUCCCUGUUAAGCUAAAUGCUGGAUCAAUCUUAGCAGCUUAGUUUGUUCCUAUGGUUCUACCAGGUAUAUUACAAAGAAAAGAUCCUUUUUUAUUAUGAUCGAUACUGCAAAACUUCCCCCAGUGAAAAACCCAGUGUGCUUUACGUGCGAUAGCCUGUUGCAGGCUUUCGGAUAGUGGGGUGCGGCGCAAGUCAGAGAGUAAGAAAUAACAAACAAACAAAACAAGGAGGGAGAAAGGCAGGGAACGCCGGGUGGGAUUAGUUUUCAAAAGGUCAUUCCACCCGCUUUGUCCUUCUUUUUCACCCCCUAACCCAUCCCCUCGCUUUUUUUCCUGCUUAUAUCUCUUUGCACAGUCCCCACAUUCUGAACGCCUGGAAUAGGCUAUUUGUGCAAAACCGCGAUGUCUUCACGCGUAAAAAUAGCAUGUUAUCUUCACGCCUGAAAAUGCUACAUAAUAGAUUAUGCCUUACGCAGCUCGAAACGUUACUUUUCGGAAUUCUGUUAAUUUUUAAGGUGACAGGGGAUUCAGGCAAAGUAACGAAAUGCGGAAUAUCAACGGCUUCAUGUAUGGAAAUUUGCCUGGCUUGCGCAUGUGCAAAGGUGAUGACGUUUCGUGGCAUUUCUUGGGUGGUCCAGGGGGGCUGCUGCACAGCGCUUACUUUCAUGGCAACACUCUGAUAAGGAAUGGAAAUAACCAUGACACAGUGGGACUAAUGGAAGGUAAGGUCCCCCCAGGUAUGGGAUAAUUAGCAAUUAUUGGAUGAGGCUGAGCAUAAAAAGAAACAAAUGCACACUGUAAUGAUAAACAGAAGGGAAUAUAAAGGCAUUUCUAAAAAGAAAUAAAACUUUAGCUCGACGUUUCGUAUGUCUUACAUCUUCAUCUUCUUUCAUAUGUUGGAACAUACGAAACGUCAAGUUUGAUUUCUUUCCAGAAAUGAUGCGUUUGUAUUAGCGUAGGUCCCUCUCGCGCGCAGCGGAGCGCCAUGUUUAAGAAAAUUUGGUUAUAUAUGCAUCCAAGAAGUUUUGAUCCGGCGAAAAUCAUCCAGUACGUAAGUCCAGCCGUUCGUAUAAGCCGAGGAGAUAUUUUGCAUUUUAAGCAUCUGCGCGUUUCUUCGGCGGUAAAACACAUAAAAACCUGGACUUUUAGGGAUAGAAACAGCCGAUUCUUUCUUUCGACUUCAUUUUAAUCUCUACAUUGACGUGGAUAACAGAGAAAGAGCUAGAGCCAGAGAUAAAAACAAAGGAGACUAAUUUCAUUGGAAGAAAAACAUUUUGUAGCGGCGGCAAGAAAAUGAAAAAUGCUAGCGGCCACCAAGGCGAAAAUGAGCGGCAGCGAGGAAAAAAUUGAGCACGAACAUUUACAACAUUUCCUCCAUAAAACGUGUAAUUAGGAAUUUUCUGGAAGUUUCACGUUGGCAACGAAAUGUACAAAAACAGUGUGCUGCAAGUGCAAAGUUGUUUUUUUGCUAAUUCACUAACUGAUAUUUUUUGGCUGUUUUCGUUGCCGUCGCCGCUAAGCAUUGUACGAUUUUAUAUUUUGUUUAUCAAUGAGUAAACUAUAGAUAUUAACGAGAGCUUCGCCUCGCUAAAUCUAUAUACAGUUUCCUUUUGGUUUCUUCUUUAAUCUUUAUUUAUACACGGUAAAAAAUUCACCAGGUACAAUCAAUUCCAAUACAACAGUAUGCCACUUAAAAAUAAUCUGAUUUCCAUGAAUGCCGCGUUAUUAAAAAUUAUGAUAGAGAAGGCCUUUAAAUUGAUUUAAUGAACCAGACUCUCUAAUGUUACAGGGUAAGCUGUUCCAAAGGGUUGAGCCGCGGUAACUAAAACUGUCUUUUAUGUAGUUAGUUCUUGGAAAGGGGACAACAAGUUUGUUUACCGAGCCCCUCAGAAAAUAGUUUGAUUCAUUUAGCUCUAUAAAUUUAGACGUGAGAUAUUCGGGAACCAGACCGUUUAAAAACUUGACGACCGGAUUUAGGAGGGUGGCGUAAAGAUUUGCGGUGAUGCGGCUUUGCGGGAAAUUUUAUUUUAAGUGCUGUUGCAGUAUUGCGUUUUUUUUUCUGAAUUUGACGUUUAGAUUUCAAGUAGUGUUUCCACCUGAGUUUGUGAAACAAGGAAUCAACAUCUACGUCAUAGUUUGGUAAAGUUAUUACUCCUGCAGCACGGUUUUGUAUUUUUUGUAGCUUGUUAGUGAGAUUGAACUAGGUGAGUUGUAUAUAUUGAGUAGGGUGGAUUGAGGCACAAAUGACUUAACUCGCUUUAUGGCUCCAACUGCGGAACCUAUCUUUUUACACACUUUAUCAAAGUGGGAAUGGCACGUGAAAUUUUCAUCUAUCCUUAUUCCAAGUGAUUUUUCAGAAAAACUUGUUCCAUCGAAACAUUAUCAAUGGAAAGUUCGAGUGUAUCAGAUAGAGUACUUUAAUUUUUGUCUGAAGCCGAUCAACAUAAAUUCAGUUUUUGCAGCGGCGUUGAAGGUAAGUCUGUUAGACACAAGCCAUUUGCUCGUGAGAUAGACUAGAAUGAAUCAAACGAAAAUCAGAACCAGCAUAAAAGAUGUGGGUGUCAUCAGCAUACAUUCUAUUUACGCUGAACGAUAGACAGUAAGGCAAAUCGUGAAUAUAAAUUUGAAAUAAAAGAGGGCCAAAGAUCGUUCCCUGUGGCACACCACAUUUAAGAAUGGUGAAGUCAGAGAGACAACGGUUAACUAAGCACCGUUGUGUGCGAUUCGUCAAAUACGAUUUAAACCAAUCAAGAGUUUUCCCUUGAAUUCCACACCGAUUCAUUUUAGUUAGUAAUAUCUCAUGAUCAACAGUGUCGAGUGCCUUGUUUAAAGGGACAGUGUCCCGAUUAUGCGCAACCGCGAGCGUCAUCUGUUUUUCCUUCAAAGGACAAUAGAACCGUCAUAUUGACUCGACAAGAUUUCCUUUCGGACGCACCGCCGACGGAGAUUUGUUGUUUAUAUUCUCAAGUAAUAUUUUAGACUUUCGAAGAAGUCUUUCGUCUAAUUUAAAAUUUGACUCGCGGUACGAAAAUCUCUUUCCGCUCGAUUUAGAAACAACUUUUCUAAUGUGAAACCCAUGUCAGAGGUAAAUUGUUCCAAGUGCAGUAAUAUUUGCCUGAUUUGCUCCCGUUCUAGUCGUAAACGUUUGAAAGACAUGAAUAAAAAUGCGAUCUCAUCGCUAUGAAUCGUCGCAAAGGUUAGUAAAAAUUAUAUUAUGAUUUCAUGGCACUAGUUUUUCUAAACAUGUAGCCUCUGUUUGUUUGAAUUUGUCUUGUCGGCCGUAGGGAGGUUCAUUUAAACGUUUACUGACGCGUCGUUGCACAACUUUCACGACGCUCCCCUCCACAAAUUCUCCUCAGUCACAUCAAUGUCUCAAUGGUUUCUUUCUUACAGUCUUUAUUGUUGCUGUUUCAUUUCUGCGUAUUCCCUUCACAAUUAUCUGAGCUUGUAUGGAAGCUAGCAGAAGAAAUAAGCCUUCAAUCGGCAUCAAAGCGCUUCCCAUCUUCAAUAAAAGAGCGCCAAAAAAUCCAGAUUUCGCCCAAAUCGAAACUUAACGGGAACAAUAUAUCAUAGAUCUGUAAUCCUGAGAAGUUUUAGUAUAGUAUUAAACUCGGCCAAGCGCGAUACAAACGGAUUUUUCAAGGUUCUCUUACUCUCCUCGCAUCUUUUGAUUUCGCGACAUCCUGUCCAAACAUCAUAGUUUGGUGCAUGCGCAAUAACGGGAUACUGUUCCUUUAAGUCGAGAAACACUACGACGCCCAACUGUCAGUGGCUUCUAGAUGAGCAGUAACAGUUGAGUGUAGAGACCGGAAACCAGACUGUUGUUUAGAGAUGCUUUUUUCACUAUUUAAGAAGUUGUAUAACUGAUCAUACACAAUCCUCUCGAACGCUUUGGCGACUACGGAAAUGACUGAGAUAGGUCGGUAGUUGUUUAAAUAACUCGCCCUGCUUAACAACGUAGUCACUCUGGCACAUUUCCAGUCGUCAGGAAAUAUGCAAAAGUAUUUCGCGCGCUAGUCUGGGCCCAAUAGUUGAAAAAUGUUCGUUAAAGGCGCUGGAAAUCUCGUUAUAGUUACAGAUAGAGAUGUCAUUUAUACUUUCACUUCCCUUACUAUCUGGUUGUUCGGACGACGAGACUUGAGGUGAAAUCUCGAUUAAACGGUAAGCAGGUGUAGGAGAGGACAAAUUAAGGUCGGGAGAAUAUAACUUGCCUAUAAAUGACUCAUAACUCGAAAAUAAAUCGGUUGGAGAAGAGGGAGAUCUGUACCAUGUCUCUACUAGAAAUGGCUUAGAGUUCGGUUUACGAAUUUCUAUAGUUAAAUUUUCAAGAUUAAUUACGUAUAGAUCAGUGCGCACUAUAUAAGAAUUAGAAGCCGGACGUAAUGUAAAAACCUACCCCUCCACCAUGUCAUGAUUUCUGUCACGACGGAUAAAGUCGUAGCCCGGUAUAUCGAGUUCGGAACUAUUUAUGGAUCCGUCAAGUUUGGUUUCGCAUUAAUUACCAGAAUAUCAAAUGAAAACUCAGCAAGAACGGCUGUUAGUUCGUCAGCAUGUUUGACGAGACUGUUAAUGUUCAAACAGGCCAUUUUGAAACCACGUUUAGAUGGUAAAAAAUUAGACAUAUCGGAACCAACUGGAAGAACUUCGUUGUCAACUGAUUCUGGCAUCGUUUGCGAAACUAGAGAAUAGUCGACAUUCAAGGAAUUAGAAAUCAAUUAGAUCUCAGAAAAUUUACAAAGUUCUGUUGCAGUAGCUCGUUACCUUCCCCACUGAGGUGAAGGUCACCUUUGUUAAGUCCUUUUGAACUGACGUUAGCAUGGCUGAUGAGUUUCCAGUUAUUUUGCGGGCAAAAUUUUUUUACACAUAUAUUUACCGCUUUGACGAAGUCACAGUAAUCAUCAUUCCUUGCAGUUAGUUCAGAUAUAAAUAUUUCAGACUCGGAAUCAUUCCCAUCCUCUAUAGCGAGGUCGAUAAUACCAUCUGCCGAAUCGCUCGAUGUAGAUGAUUUCAGAUCGUUGGUACCCGCAUGUAGGCAAACUUGAUCAGGAGGCUCAAUUGUAGGAACAACAUGCGAGGGCAUGUCGCGAAUUGUGGCGUCAGGGAACGGCCUGGUAACAACCCGAUGUCCCACAGCCUUGGCUAGUUUUAUUCCCUGAACAUUCUUUAUUAUGGAGUCUCCAAAGAUGACUGUGGUCUGCUCGUUGUUUACUGUUUGAGAAUUACGGGCUGGCUUCUUUCUUCCAACUGGUAUUUGACGCUCUCUUUAGUUGUUUCUGGGCUUUGUCUUGUUAUCACGUACUGUCACCCAAGGGAUUUCCUUAUCAUGCAAAUUUUGCUCUUUGAUAUUUUCAUAUCUACCACCACUACUUACUAUCUUUGCCAAUUUCGUUGUUUAAAAGUUUUAGAGCAGUCAUUAAACUUUUAUUUUCGUCUUGAAUAGAUUUUGCUUCACGCUUUAAAGAGUCGUAGCAGUCUCUGUUUUAAGGCGCUGUUUCCAUCUUGAAGCUUUGUCAGCUCACUAUUAGAAGUCAGGUUAGGCAGUAUUUGCCGCGACGAACUAGCCGUGAUUUCUUUCACUUCAUUCUGAGAAUCUAACAGAAGGGGUAGGCAUUGGCAGUUCUCUUAAUUGUUGGCCCGGGUUUCGUCCCGUGCGGUACAUAGUAGCGAUGUAUCAGUUUAGUCAGAGACUGCACUACACUCGUUUUCUGGCGGCCGAGUUCUUUAAAAAUAUGACUUCAAUCGGGAAACCAGAGUUUUUUUGCUUCCCUUUUUUGAUAGAUUCCUUUUAGCAAGUUCGUCUUUCAGUGCUGGGAUGGUUAGAUUAUCAAUUUCUUUCUCAGUUGGAGGAACUAUCUCGUCCUUUCUCUCGGAAGUAUUAUGCUUGAAGUUGCAACCAUUUCUGCCAUGAUUGUUGUUGGCCGGCAACGACGAUGAUUCAGGCCUAGCAUCCAUCCAACGAAGACUUUUCAUGAGCAAAAUACUCGCUCGUAAAUUGUGUGAAGACAUCCGGCAACAAAGCAGACCGUCGUAAAGCACCCGUGGUGAAAUUUGCUUUGAUUGUCGGAGUUUCAGAAACAGGUCUUGCCGCCAUUGAAUUCAAGUGGCGUCUUAAGCUAAGACGGGCCAAACACAAGAGUAUCUACGAUUGAGGCUGAGUAUGAUCUGAAGAAUUCAAAUCGAGUAGUGAUGUAUUACCUACCGAACUCAGAGGUGGAUAAUAACCACCGAGAUCUACAUUUCCUGGUGCCUGUUCUGCCCGGUAACUUUUUAGGCCUGGAAAGCUGUUUUGUGUUUGUUGUGUUUGCAUUCAAGACCAAAGCUUUCAUAAUUUUGAAAAUAAUACAGUGACACUAUCAGUUAACGAAGCAAAACUGACUGGUUUGUGGGCAAGGAACUGUGCUUCUAUUUAAACAGGUUUUGGUUUUAAAAUCUGCCUUCGGGCCCGAACAGUUUCCGGUUCUUUCGAGAAACGAGCCCCUGGUGAGAAAAAGUUUUGUUGAUUAACGCAUUCCUACAAUACCUAGUUAUUGCUGUCAGAGGUGGAAAAACUAAUUUUGAACUAAUCAAUUUUUGUCUGAUUUCUACCAUCAAGUAAAGAUAGUGAAAAGCAUAUCAGGCCAUGCAAGCGAUAAAUUGGUCGAACCGUACAGAGCUUGACCUACUACAGAACAACAGUUCGAGUCAUUUGCGAUUGUCAGUCGACAAUCAUCUUUCAGCCAUUUCUUAGAAAUUUAAAAUCUUUUCUUUCAGCUUUGCUAUAAUAAGUACUAUAAAUAGGUUCUGAAAAUUUCAUUGCCAUUCAUUUGCCAUUUUAUAACUACAGGAUCCCUAGCUACGAUGCACAUGAUUCCAGAUAACCCUGGAGAGUGGCAAUUAGCUGAUCGCGUUUAUGAUAACUUAGUAGGCGGAACUGUUGCCAAGUACACUGUAUUGAAGGAUUGUGGAAAUUCUUCCUCUGUUCAACCAAUGAAUGGGCGGAAGAGAUGGUAUUACAUUGCAGCCGUAGAGGAAACAUGGGAUUACGCGCCAUCUGGAAAGGAUUUAAUCGAAGGAGUUGAUCUCAAGGAUAGCCAGUAAGUGUUGUAAAUGUCUGUUAGUUCAUUUGUUGUUGUUGUUUUUAGCAAGGUACAACAAGAAUAAGAAAACCAUCUUUUUUUUUAUUUAGGCCUUUGGCAUAUUAUUACCAAAAAAUUACAAUUUUAACUUGACAAAAAAUUUUACAGCACUGACAACCCAAAUAACGACAAGGUCAAAAUUGGCAAGCUGCCAGCUAACUAAUUGGCUAAUGCUAUUAUGGUCGGACACAUGCAUAACAGAUACAAUAUACAUACCAGGAAAAAAAAAACAGGUGCGUUAGCAAUUGUCUAUAAUAGUAAUAGAUUUAAAACUAAGAGGAAGAGGACAUCUGUUGGACCUAUUUUUGUUUGUUUGUUUUCUCGGUCGAAAAAGUGUAACCAAAUUUGGCUUCAUCACCCGCGAAGUCUCUGUUGAAUGAAAUUGAAAUUCGCAGAAUGCUACGCCUUUUUUUAACGGACUGUAGCUAAAUCUCUAUUAUUUUAUUAUUUUCGCCGGUCAGCAUUCCAUUCUACUAACACUAAAUCUGAGCUGUCACACAAAAGCUUCGUUAACCAACUGUCCAUCUAGUUCGAAACUGGACUUAUCGGCGUACUGUGACCUAAAUAAAGCUGUCAUAUAUAACCUAGUUUGCUCUUCUGGUCCGUUACGCAAAAAUCUACGUGCUAUAAAAUACAUUCUUUUGCACAGGCAUGCUGCUCGUUACGGGCUGCCAGGUCCACGUUUUCUUGGUGGAAUACUUAAGAAGGCAAUUUAUCGGGAAUACACAGAUGCCACCUUCACUCAGCGGAAGCAAAGAAACAGCGAAGAGGAGUACUUAGGAAUUUUGGGACCAAUGAUCAAAGCUGAAGUGGGUGACACCAUUGAAGUUAUCUUUAAGAACUUGGCGUCCAGAGAAUAUUCAAUUCACCCUCAUGGACUUUUUUACAGGUAAAACAAACCUCGUUGAUGCUUUUUAGUCUCAGGAUUACUUCCUUAAUACUACCAAUCCCAUUUAAAUCCCAUAUUCUUUUUAAAGCCAGGUCCCUAGGUUUGACUUUACUCUAACCAAAAGGAGAUUUAGUAUAUCUCAGCUUCCAAUAUUUGAACCGGUGUUGAAACCGGCUCUCCCCACUUUACUAUAUUUCUCCCCCCAACUUCCCUAUUUCUAGUAUUAAAAGAAUAUUGAUGACUAAACUUUGCACUUCUGAACAAGUCCAAACGAGGCCAUCGUGGGGAGGAGGACGUCGACGUAUUAGAGACGGGGUAACUUACAAGAUUUGACUAUUAAAAGCUGACGGGAGACUUAAUAAAGAAAGGGUUAGGUUUAUAAUAGAAGAGAGCUUAUUAAAGAGAUUACCGCCACUUUCUUUUCUUUCUUUCAAGUAAACAAAAUGAGGGAUCUCAAUACAAGGAUGGCACAGCAGGAGCUGAUUUAACUGACAAUGCGAUCGCUCCAGGAAAGAUUCACAACUACGUCUGGGAAGUACCUUCAAGGGCGGGACCUGGACCUAAUGACACUGAUUGCUUGACAUGGGGGUACUAUUCAGAUGUUAACCCAGUUAAAGAUACCAACACUGGACUGGUAGGCGCGUUGGUCAUCUGCAGAAAGGUAGAGCUGAGUAGAAUGAAUUGGAUGAGCCGUGGCAUUCUACUAUCAGAGCUUCGGCGGAUAACACCUUCCUCGAUCUAAUUCUUCCUACCUAGUAUACGAAAGCUGAAACCAUUAAUUGUUUUAUUAUUCAUUCAAAAUAAUUCCUACUCACGAAAUGCUCUUUUUUUGAAUUUUCCUUCUUCAGAAAAUUUGAUUGUUAGCUGGGCUUUUCAAAAAAUGAAGUGUUGCUUAGUCUAGCCAGUAUUCCUUAAGUAACCACUAUGACUUGUAAUCUUCGUUUGAGUGGUAUUUCCGCUUUUCUAUCUCAAUCUAUCUAAUCAAUUAAUCAAGCUAUCAAUCAACCAAUCUGUCUUUUUGUUCUCCUUUCUGUCUCUCCGUCUCCCUGUCAAUGUAUCUAUCAAUUUAUUAUAAAAAAAAUUAAUUAUGAACUUGCGCGAGUUUUUCAAAACCACUGGGAUCAAGAUGAAGGAAACAUCUAACUUGGAUCUAUUCUGGGAUAAGGACGGGGAACCGUAGGUUCCGUCUCACAGCAUAAACUUAUCUGGUUCUUGUGGGACGUAAAAACCAAGGCCACUGUUUUAAAAGAGUAGGGGACGUAGACGUCGGUUGUGUGGUCAACCUUCACAUCAUGGGUUGGGUGUGUACAGUAAGAUCAUGAUGGCGGCUGCCAGUAGCGCCCUUGUAUGCUGACUUCCGAGCUUACUGCUAACAUAUUAAUAUAUAUUGUAAAGAGGGCUCGUCUGUCGUCCUCCCGUCCACAACUCCUUUCUUCCUUCCUAAAAACACAUGUAUUUUCAUUAUAAUUUUAAUUUUUAAGGGAACUCUAGACGAUCAAGGAAAAAUGAAAGGUGUUGAUAGAGAGUUUGCCACAAUGUUCAAUAUAUUUGAUGAGAGCCGCAACUGGUACGUGGAAGAAAACAUUCGAAAUUAUCUCACCGACAAGAACCCACCUCCACUUGACCAACUUCUAAGAAAUUUUGACUUCUGGGAAAGCAACUACAAGCAUACUAUUAAUGGCUAUCAUUAUGGAAAUGUCCCAGGUUUGACCAUGUACAAAGGCGAGAAAGUUGUGUGGUAUCUGCUACAAGUUGGUGGUAGGACACAAAAGCACCCAGUACAUUUUCACGGCCAGACCAUCUUAUAUGUAAGGAACGUGUGAUUCACCCUGAAUAGUAAUCUUAAUUUUGCUUAAGGACCCGUUUAUUGAAAGUGCCAAUAAUAAGUGGGCCUGGAAAGCUUUGUUUUGUUUAUUUUCAAUAUCGAGGUCUCAAAGUUUCUGCAGAUAAUGUGACUAAUCUAUCAGUGGACAAAAAGAAAUGCAUCUGUAUCUUAGCUUAAGCAUUCACGCUUAUAUUUUUUUAGAUUUUGACUAUUUCAUUUCGGGCCUGAACAGUUUCUGGGACUUGAAACGGGCCUUGAAAGGGCCUUUAGUGUAAUUUGAUCACUUGUUUUUCGCUGUUAUUAUUAAAGCCACACUAAGAUCCCAGGAUGUUCUUAAGAAAGUUCGCUCGGCGGGUUUCCUGCAGAUUGCACUCUGACGUUAUGACGCACGCCCUGGGAGGGGUUACUCCUUAUAAUGGCCUAUACGGGGAGGCUCCGCGAGAAAAAAAGGUACCUUUAACAGACCUUAAGUAUAUGAAAGGGGAAGGGAUUCCACUAGUUAAAGUACAUGCAUGUAUAUUAAAGGGUUGGGAAAUAUCUGUCAUUUCGGUUAAUGAAAGGCCCAAAAGGGCUAACAGAUGCAUAAAUGUUACUACUGCGAGUUGAAUACACUGCCUUUACGGCAGUUAAAAUGGGUGCAAAGUUGUAAACUAGGUAUGUGAAAGGAGUACCAUUUGUCUAUGGAAGGUAUAUGAAACGGAUACCUUUGUUGUCAAAAAUGGUAGGUAAAAGGGUAAGAGGUUGAACCUCGGGGCGGAGCGCCCCCGUAUAAAACUUUGUCGAGUACCCCAUGACCAUCCCUCUCCGGGGAUGCACGAUUUGUUGAAUUGUUUAUUAUUAUUGUUAUUAUUAUUAUUAUUAUUAUUAUUAUUAUUAUUAUUAAUAUUAUUAUUAAAUAGUUUUUUAUUUUUUUUAUUAACUUUUUGAUGCUUUUUAUAAUUGUUAUUAGUGGUCUUUGGAUUUUCAUUUUACGACAAUUCUCUUUCGUACACAAGAAGAAUGUACAUAGGGUAUAUAUUUUAAUAUUUCAUAUUCUUGAAUCUGUAAAUAGUCUAUUCUUUUAAAUCUAUGAAUAAAGUUUUAUAUUAUUAUUAUUAUUAUUAUUAUUGUUAUUAUUAUUAUCGUUAUCAUUACUAUUACCAUUACCAUUAUCAUUAUCAUUAACAUUACCAUUAUUAUUAUUAUUAUUAUUAUUAUCAUUAUUAUGUCUAAGUUUCACAGUACGAGUGCGUGUUUGCUGUACUAUACUGGAUAGGGAAAUCCUCUAGGCGCUAGGCGGAAUACUGCCAGUCCUCUAAGCUUAGCAGAUUGAAAAUCUUCGCAAGAUAUGUGUGUAGGCCAGAAGAGCUUAUUCACAUUAUUCCUAUUCUUAUUCUUAUUCUAAUUAUUUUGCUGGUAAUAUUUGUCACUUAAUUUCCAAUGGACUGUCAUUAUUAUUGUUAUUAUUAUUACUCCUCUUGCCCGUGUAUUCUUCGAAAAACACUCGUGUGAUGCGUUCUUCCAAAAAAUAUAUGAAAUUAAAUAAUAAGAAAAAUAGUGCUACCACCAAGAAACACCACUCAUAUGACAGGCCUUUUUGCUUUCUAAACACUUGGAAGAAUCUAUUACUCAUCACUAGUUCCCCGUCCCUGGUUUGUCCUUAUCAAUAGAUAUGUUAGAGGCUGCAUUUUGAUUCGUUUCCAGACCCAUCACCUUAUUGGUAUAAUUGAAUGUUUUCGGUAAUCUUGGGUCACCUAUGAGUUUCGA